AGAAGAUACCCUGACAACAACACACACAACAUUCCGAAAUCUAAACUGCUUGUAAACGUGUUCUCGAAUAGAUUAUCAAAAAUAGCAUGAAAUAUGGUGCUAUUAGAAAAUGAAGCGUUCCUGAGUGAGUUAACCAGAUUGUUUCAAAAAUCUAGGAAUUCUGGAUCUUUGUAUAUUACUAUGAAGCGAUAUGAUGGGAGAAAUAGACCCAAGCCGAAUCUGUCAAGGCCAACUUCAGUCCCCUUGCCAGCAGUUUCUGAAUAUAAAUGUUUAAUCAGAGCACAUGUUGGAAACAAGAAAAUUAGCACUGUAGUAAAUGCUAAAGAUGUCAACAAAUUCCAAUUAGCAUAUUCAAAUUUAUUAAAAGGUAACAUGGAUGGUUUAAAGAAGAAAGAUAAGAAGAAAGGAACAACUACCACUAAAGCAACUCAAUAACCAAGUUUUAUUACAUUAGAAAUUGAGAAUUUGUUACUGAAAAAUAUUGAAACUUUAUUGAAAUGAAAGUGAUCUUUUUUAAUCAUUAAUUUAAUGUAUAAACAUUCUUAAAAGAACUUGUUUCAUACAGCAUUGUUACUGGUGUUUUUUCUUUUUAUUUCAGCGAACAGCAGAAAAACUGCAGAGCUUUAUUUCUUAGUUUGUCUUUAAUUUAUAUUGUAGAUUUUGAAAUGAUUUUAUAACCUCUUUUUUGAUUUCAAGUUGAUAUUUUUUUUUCAAAAACUUUGCAGCGCACGCUAAAUUGUUUCUAGGAAACUUGGUAUGUAAACAAUCACAAUGUCUAAAAAUAGCCCCCCUAUUUUGUUUUCCACUUUUGGGAAAAUGUAUAGAUAUACAGUUAUUUUUUGAAGUGUUCAUUUCAAACUGCUAAAUUUAAUGUGAUUUUAUAUGUAGUAUCAUUGCCAAAUGUACUACAAAUUUGAAAGGUAGUUAGAUCAGUGACAAUGAAAUUUAUCACACAGUUAUCAUUUUCAGACAUUUAUAAUAUCAUUAAAAACCAGUAUUUGCUAAAAGACAUUAAAAAUAUUUUUAUUGAUAUGUUUAACUAUAAACAAAACUUUUUGAUUCUGCUUGUUUUUAAAUUGAAAAAAAAAAAAAGUGCAGCUCUUAAAGUAACCCCCCCCCCCCCCCCCAGUGAACAAACAUUUUCUGGUUAUUUUUUUUCUUGGAAUUGUAUUGGAAGAAAGAACUACUGCCAAUUCAGCCAGGAACAAAACUUAUUGAAACCUUCUCUUAUAAAAACAAUGAAUUACUGAUAUACUAAUUGGGGUCUUCCCUACCAUCAUGUGGGAUGAGAAGAACAAAUUUAUUUGAACAAAAUUAUUUUGAAAAUAAUAAAUCCAUUUUAUAUUUCUACUGUUUUACCUUCCUAUUAAACCAUGACCUUUAAGUGCAUUUAUUUAAAGUGAUUCCUUUCCAAAUAUAAGCUGUUAGUCUUUAUGAGUAUAUACUUGUCAACUUUUAAGAUUUGACUGCAGUCCAUUUAGGCUGUUCUGUAUGGUCAAUAAAAAAACUGAGGUUUGGCCUACUUUUCUUAGGCUUUUUUUUAUGAGUACUUCUGUUCUUGUUGUUGAGUUCUUGAAAGAACUCAAAACCACUUCAGAGCUUUUUAUAAUUUUCACAUUUUUUUGUGUGCUAUGAAAAAUUGUUUUCAAUUUCUUAUAAAUUAAAUUAUUUUUGAUUCAUUUCAUUUUAAAUUGGUUCUAACUGUAUUUUUUUAAAAAUUAUUACUUAAUUAAAAAUUGUAAUGUAUAUAUUUUUUUGAGAGUAACCCCUUUUAUGAGCUUUUUCAUUGAAAAUAUUGGCCAUCAAAGCUUUUGUAAUCAAUCUUUCUCUUUUCAAAACAUGUGCAGCCAGCUCUCUUUGACAUUUUACAUCACUCAGCAUCAAAUGUAAAUCUACUUAAUGUGUGAUUCGAAAUCAUUUUAAACUCUCUUAUAAAAAGAAGCUAAUUGUAUGAUAUGUACCGGGUGCUGAAGGAGUUAAGUUAUAUCUUGUUCAACAAUUUUGAAUAUUGAGGAAUGUUUCUCCAGACUUAGCAUUCUGAUAUUUCAUAAUUUUAUUGAUGUUUUGAAUUUUAGUUUCAAUGGUAAAAGUGAAAAACCGGUAAUCAAAAUAAAUAAAUAAAUAAAAUAAAGUUUAUAUAUUACACCUAAUGUAAUGUGCAUGUUCCUUUCAAACUUGCAAUAUAAAUAUGGUGUCAUUUUUAGAUUUUGAAAGUUUAUUUAUUUAUUAAACUUUUUUUUUUACAGUUCAUGGUUCACAGUUCAUGUAGUGCAAAUGUGUCAUUUAUCUUUGUUAGACAGCUGUCAAAAAUGGCCUGAUAAAAAAUUUGCUCUGUUCAACAAAUUAAAUUUCUGGUAUUUGUGCAAAAAAAAAAAAAAAAAAAAAGUGCAGUAUAUGAAUAAGAAAAUAAUUUACUUUUGAGUUUAAUUGGUGUUAGAAAGACAGGUUGCAGAUUGUGUCUAAAGUUUGUUAAAUGAUACAUGAAAUAAAUUUUCAUAUUAAUUUCUUUAAGAAGUUUGUUUUAAACUUUUUUUUACAACUUAGACAAAUAAUAAAAAAAAAAAAGAUGGUGAAAGAUCUGUCUCCUUUGGAUAUUAAUUCUUCAGUAACUCUGAAAUCAAUUUUUCACUUUUUUUUGUUUAGCAUUAUCAAAUUCUAUGUACCAGGUAAUAGUUGUGAAUAUUGAAAUUAAACUACACUAGUAAUAGUCGUAAACAAUGUUUAAAAAAAAAAAAAAAACACACACACACACAAAAUACUAUCACCUGAUUGCAAAUGCAGGUUUUGGGGUUUGAAGAGCUCUUUUUCAAUGCAAAGAAAUUUGAGCUUUUGGGUGCGUCUGCAGUCAAUUGCAAAUUUGCUUUAUCAACGUUAUUUACUAGUUACUUUUUUGCAAAUAGGUUAUUCAUUGUGUCAACUAGUACACUAUAUUUGGGUCAAACCUAACCUGGCAGCAUCAUUAUGCUAUGAUCAAUGCAAAGGGUUCACCUACCAUUUGUACUGGUGAUCUCCAAAUUUCUAGUUUUGCCACUUGCAUCCCUUUGCUUCUCACAACCUCAUAUGUAGUGCUACACUGUGUGUGAAUCAGAUUUACAUCACAAUCAAUAUUUUCGAAGCUCAAAAACUCUUUGAAUGUGGAUCUCAAAUAUUUUCAUUGACUUGACUGUAACACUUCUAAAAUUAUUGCUUCUCUUAGGAAAACUAAUAAAUGAUUCUUUAGUACUUUGCAUUCUUAAACACAUUUUACUUCUAAAAAAGGUAUAAAACUAGCAGAACUUUUAAUUUUAAGAGAAUAUCUUAAAUGUAAACAAAC